AUGAGGCCGCCCGUGGACAGGCUGGGGUUGGGGGCUCCCCCCUCCCCCCAGGGCCGAGCACAGGCCAGACAGCCCUCCCCUCCCCCAUUGCCCCAGGCAGCCCCCUCUCCCUCCGAGCUGGCCGGUACUCCGGCAGCUGGCAGGGAGGGACCCCAGGAGGGGCUCGGCCUGCAGCCUUCCCUGGCCCCCGGCUCCUCCCUGCCCUGCCCCCCAAGGCCUGUCAUGCAGGCAGUGAGCCGGCGCCUGGCCUCCCCGCUCGGGACACUAGGCAGGCCGCUCCAGGGAAGGCGGGAGGCCUGGGCUUGGCUCCCACCCGGCCCCCCACCCCACGGCGGCCGGGAACACAUGUGGGGGCGGCCGCCCGGCCUCCCGCCCCGCGGCGGCAUUAGGACUCUGGAUCAGGCCGCCCCUCCUUACCCACCCGGCAGUUGGAAGGGGCUGCCCAGGGCCCAGGCCAGCAGGCAGGCGGCCCCUCUCCGGACUGUUGGCCUUGCCAUGGUGGACGCGCCACCCCAGGGGUGGGAGCCGGGGUCGGGGCUGCAGAUGGCCACUGUGGGGGGGCCACGGCCCCAGGGCGACACCGAGGCCAGAGCCUGCCACGGCUUGGGGGCUGCUGCUGGACCGCCCCGGUGGCUUCCUUCUGCGGAGGGGCCGUCCCUUCAGGCUCCAGGGCUCACCCCCCUGCGCGCCGAGGGCCAGGUCCCUGCAGAGCACCCCUCAGGGGCAGGCGGCCAGACCUGCCUGGGGCCCCCCUCCCCGGCUGGCUUCUUGGCCCGGCCUCCUGGCGGCCCUGCCCGCCUCCUCCCACCCUGGCCUGGCCACAGAGGAGGCCCCCCGGGGCCUGCUGGGCGACUCAGGCGCUCAGGGAAGCUGGGCGUCGGGGAGAGACGUUCCGGGCGAUUGAGAGUGCUCAGCCAGGCGUGA